AUACACACAAACAUUUAACAGUAUAAAACUGAAUUAUAACGCGUGUGCUUGAAUUGUGUAGACAAAUUAUUUUAUUUUAAAAACUCAACAUUUUAUCAGCAAAAUCUGCUGCUCUGUACAGCCUACGUCAAGCUUGCUUGGUCGUUAGCUAUGUCUGUGACACGUAUGGUCUCCCCUACAGCGGCGGCGAGCGUGCCUUUUGAUUACACUGUAGUCGGCUCGCUAGACAGGUCAGGGCGGUUUGAGGUGAGACACCAGCAUGACAAUUCGCGUCAGGUACAACAAAAGACAUCGGAACAAAAUGUAGCCUCCAAUAAUGAUCUGAUCCAUGGUCAGACUAUGAAUCUACAGGCUGUGAUUAAUGGGAACGGAAAUGAACACGUGUAUAUGACGAGGUUACUAGGGGACACCAAUCCUAUCCAAUGGCAAACGGCGAUGAAAAAACUUCUAAAGACGUAUAUUGUGGAGACCACCGCGAAACAAGCAGUUUCCUUUUUGUUGGAUAACGUGGACACAGCAAUUAGAGCAUUAAAAGAUCCAGAACAUUCACCUGGAUAUCCCGCUCUGUGUAUUGAAACCAAACGGAUGCCCGCCAUCUUGGAUCUAGACUGCUGGAAAUUCAUUCUGAUUGGAUUAAAUUUUGAAAUAACUGAACCGGAAGGAAAUCACAGACUCGAUUACAUGGAAGUCCAAGUGACAGAAAAAGUAACAAUGUCGUCUCUGCUUGGAUUACGCAUCAUGUUGGACAGUUUAUUAGAGCUUGACUGGAACAACUUUCGUAUGAUGUUAUAUUUGGAAGACCAGGAAGGAUAUAAUCUCCUUUGCGUUUUACAAGAUGUGUUGAGAAUGACCAGUACGAUUAAGAAGAUGGACUUCGUCAAACAGCUCUUUGAGCGAUAUCGAGAGUCGAUGGAAAGCAUUGGCUUUCAUAAACACAGAAUUGACAGAAAGACCGUUGACAUCAUGUGGGACAAGCCGUCCACCGACCAGCUCUAUCUCUGUGAAGUGGUGCUUUUUGGUCUUUACCAUCACGGAAAAGGGCUAGAGACGUUCGUUUGACAAAACAACAAAUUGGUAAAAUGUUGAAGAAGAAUUCUAAAAACUAGCAAGUCUACCACUGAGUACCGCUUGAAAUUAAGACUUGUAGAUACGUCCCGGGACCCCGAUCUACCGAAGACUUUAAGUUGCGCAAAGCAGUAGUUUUGGCUUGUGAAGUUGAGGAGACGGAUCUGGAGACUACAUUUUGUAGCAGAGAACGCGAUAGAGACGUAUCAAAGCUAGAUACACGAGUAUCUGUCGUGAUCGUUGCUGGAUAUUACUGUAUGAUCUGCCAAACAUUUGGAGAUUAAAUAGGUUGUGAGAAAAUGUGACAAAGUAUGCCAGGAAGAUCAGAGACUGAAGACGUAACGUGAUUGCAGACAUUUAUCCCCCCCCCCCCCGCCCCGAAUGCACCAUUCUUUGAUUAUUUUCUUGAGAAAGGUCUAACGAUAUUUGUGUGAGUAACUAACGGAACGCACACACAGUAACAGCAAUUACUGACUGCAGCCAAAAGCCUAAUCCACAGUAGCUGGAAGUUCACCGAAUCACUGACAUUCAGUCCCGUAUUACAUCUAUGUAUUUUAUACACUACAGUUGUAGUAAAUAAAAUUUGGUCUCUCA